AUGGACAACAUACCUGAUCAGCCAGCAAGCACCUUUAACCUGCAAGUGCCAGAAGAUCUUGAAGUCGUGGCUGCAGAACUGGAGCUACAAGGGAAAUAUCAAGAGGCUAAGGAAAGCUAUCAAAAUGCCUUGGAUGUUGGUAUGAGAGUGGUGGGAAAGAAGCAUACAUUGGUGCAUAAAUGCACUCGCCAUUUGGGACGUGUUCACUUGCAUCUUGGGCAUUUUGCAGAAGCCAGACAGUACUGCAAUACAGCAUUCGAGAUGAAAGUACAGGAGCUGGGUGAUGGCCAUCCAGAAUUGGCCGAGGAUCUGAAUGAAUUGGGUCUGGUGAUGCUUGAACAGGCAGACUACAUUGGCACCCAACAGUGCUUUUGCAGGGCACUAUGCAUUGUGAAUGACAAUGCUUGUUUAGAGACCGCUAAGAGCUUGUAUGGCAUGGGGCGGAUGCUGCACAAGCAAGCAAAGCUCCCAGAAUCUGAGGCACAGCAUCUUAGGGCAUUGGGCAUCAGAAAGCAAGUUCUGGGUGAUUCCCACGUGUAUGUUGCAGAAAGCCUCAUAGGCCUGGUGGAGGUGAUGGUUGGAAAGGCAGAUUUUUCUAGGGCUAGAGAGUUUGCCACCAUGGCAUUAGAGCUCAUGCAACAAGCUUUCUGUACUGACCAUCCCAAGGUUGCAAUGGCCCAGUUUUGGCUUGGGUGGGUGAAGUUGGAACAAGGAAUAUUUGGCCAGGCAGAGGAGCAUCUUGCCACAGCAUUGGCAAUCAGGAAGAAGUCUUUUGGUGUUGAACACCCAGAUGUUGCACAGAGCUUGGAUGGCAUGGGAGAAGUGCUGUGGAAGCAAAGGAAGUUUCCAGAAGCAGAGGAGUAUUAUAGUGAUGCGCUGUCCAUUAGGAAAUCGGUUUUUGGUGAUUGCCACCCUGACGUUGCCCAGAGCUUGAACAACUUGGGCACUCUGAUGUUUGAUGCUGGGAGACUCUCUCAAGCUGAAAAAUACAACAAUCAGGCUUUGGAAAUCAGGAUACGGGUGUGGGGCAGUGAUCAUCCAGACAUUGCGCAUAGUUUCAACAAUUUGGGAUGCAUCAUGCACAACCAGGACAAGCUUGAUGAUGCUGAGGAAUGUCACAGCAAGGCCUUGGCCAUCAAGGAACACACCCUUGGCAAGAACCACCUUCACGUUGCUCAGAGCUUGGGCAACCUGUCAUGUGUGAUGCAAAAGCAAGGAAGACUUCUGGAAGCUGAGGAGCAUGCUGAAAGGGCUGUGGCAAUCAUGAGGCAGGCCCUUGGGGAUGAGCAUCUGGACUUGUCACAGUACCACAUGAACUUCGGAUUCAUCUUGCACCAGCAAGGGAGAUUUGCACAGGCUGAGGAGCAUUUUAGGACUGCCCAGACCAUCGUGGAACAGGUCCUUGGUGAUGAGCAUCCAGAUGUGGCAAAUAUUCUGACAUGGCAUGGAAUUGCAGCAUUCAGACAAGAGAAAUAUUCUUGUGCAGAGAAAUGCCACCGCAGGGCCUUGGCCAUAAGAAAAUUGGCACUGGGAGAUCUUGACCCAGAGGUUGCACUGAGCCUGCAUUUCCUGGGAUUGGUGUUGCAUGAGCAAGACAAACUAGCAGAUGCAGAGAUGGUACUGGAAACAUGCCUGGAGAUCAAGAAGAGAGUGCUGGGUGGUGACAGUCCAGAUGUGAUAGCUGUGUUGAGCAAACUGGAUGAGAUUCGAGAGCAGAUGGGAGCUUGA